UCAUAACAGAUUCCUAUAUCAAAAGAUCACCGAUGUAGCAUCACCUUAUUUUGAUAGUUUGCAAUGCAUAGAACAUUAAAUAAACCCGAAAAAUAAAGGCGAUAAUUGGAUUUAAAAGACAUACUUGUUAUUCACAUUUUUUAACCACGACUCGGCUUUUAUUAGUCCAUGACCAUGUUCAAAUUCAGUUAUCAAUAUCAAUCGAGUUAUCAGUUGACCUGAAUUAUGAACCUUAAAGUUCAUACAAACAAACAUUGUGCAAUUCAUGAUCCUCUGCUGUGCAGGUCAAUCAGUUCUGUGAUACAUGUGAUUUCAGGUUUACUAAAAGUGUAAAAUAAGAAACCGAAAUAGUAUAUUAAGACAUCACCACAAAACAUGAUGGGGUUUUGUGGCAAUAGGGAUAAUGCCCUUAGUGUGAAGGAGGGUGUUAUUAGAAAUGAAUGUUACAUUGAUGUACUUAACCUUGUACCACAUGCUAUUUUUUCUAUGUUUAGUUUUUUUAUUCUCAUUAUAUGGAAUAGAUCUUCACUUGGAAAAAUGGAAGCAAAAACAUGGGUACAUUUUAGAGGACAUACAGUCAGAUGGAUAGUAACUUUGCUUUUGUUUCUUAACAUAAUUAUUUCAUUACUGGAGGGAAUUAUGGCAGAACUUGCUGAUACAGACACAACAAAUCUACAUGUUAUCGUACCACAGUGUAUUGCAUUAGUAGGAACAUUACUAAGCAUCAUAUUUUAUCAUAAUUUGGAACAGUGGAAUUCACCCAAAUUUUUAUUGUCAUUGAUGCUAUAUUGGACGUGCUGUGUCGUUUUAAAAGUACUUAAGUAUGUUUCACUUCACCAAAAUAAAGUGACAUCUGAACAUAUUCGAAUGUGGGUUACAUGGAUAGACAUUGCUAUGUACCUGAUUUUAUUAUUGACAGAAAUAAUAUUUCUAUUUAUACAGAGGUAUGCCUUUUUUAGUAAUCCAAUUCCAGUUAGACCAUCACCAGAUUUAGGGAAAUCGGAUUACUUAUUUUCACAUGUAAAUCUAAUGUCCAAAAUCACAUGUUUUUGGAUAUUAAGUUUACUAAGACAAGGAUACAAACAUCCUUUAGAACAAGAGAAUCUUGGAGAUCUUCCAGAGAGUGAGCUUUCUUCUACAAACUAUAAAAAGUUAAAGGCAGCAUUUGAAUUUGAAAAGAGUAAAGCAGAAUUAAAAGGUGAAAAACCAUCAUUUCACAAGAUCUACCUGAGAGCAUUCUGGCCCAUUCUUGCACUUGCUGGAUUAUUAAGAUUAUUUGGGGACAUGCUGGCAUUUGUUGGACCUUGGUGUGUUGAGCAUGUCGUUGCUUAUGCUUAUAAAGAAACAAAGUCACAUGACCUCCCUGUUCCUUUGCCGACCAAUCAGAAUGCUUCUGUAUAUGGUUACCAAGACAACCUUUCCAAUAAUUUUACUCUUAUACUUAAUCAGAUGAAUUCCACUCAGAUCAUCCAUUAUUUGACAGUGUCCGAGUUCCUACAAAACGGCUACAUUUUAUGUGGUGUAUUGUUCGUAACCACCAUAGUUCAGUUGUCGCUGCUUCAGUAUCAUUAUUUUCUUGUAAUCAGAGAAGGUAUUAGAGUAAAAACAGCCCUACAGACCAUUAUUUACAAGAAAUCGUUGACAAUAUCAGGAUUGGUGAUCAGUGGAGGGAAGAUGACGAUUGGUUCAAUCAUGAAUCACAUGACAUUAGAUACCUUAUUUAUUAUGAUGUUGUUUUUCCUUUUCCAUUAUAUAUGGGCAGCACCAUUACAGGUAAUGGUCGCAAUUAUACUGCUGUAUUUUAAACUAGGAGUUAGUGCUGUUAUUGGGGCCUCAAUCUUUAUCUUAGCAGCACCACUACAGUACUACAUAGCUAGACAAAUGUCUGUCCAGCAAAAGAAAGUUAUGAGUAAUGCAGAUAACAGGGUGAAAAAGUGUAAUGAGAUGAUCCAGUCUAUGAGAGUGAUAAAGCUGUUGGCAUGGGAGAAAAUUUGUCAGAAAACCAUUAACAAAAGCCGGAAACCAGAGUUAUGGGCCUUGUUUAGGGCAGCAGUUUUCCGUAUAUUCUUCAACUUCGCUGGAGUAGCCAUACCAAUUUUAGGAACUAUGAUUACAUUUAUACUGUAUCCAUAUUUAGAAGAUGAGCCACUAGAUGCUGGGAAAGCUCUGUCGACAUUAGCACUAUUUAAUGUACUCAGGCUGCCAACCAUUUUGUUCACAGCUUUUAUAAACUCUUUUAUCAAUGCAAAUGUCAGUGCCAAAAGGGUAAUUCCCUAUCUUUUGGCAGAAGAUGCUGAGGGGUUCAACACAGGGGAUAAACACAAAACACAUACUAUUGGUACAGAAACCAUGGAUAACAAGCCAAUCAAAGUUGGAGUUGUUGUAGAGGGUGUGAAUGGAACAGGGAAACCUGUGACAAUUUUACAGAAUGAGAUGUCUAGUAGUCAGAGUUCACUGGAGAGUAGUUUGUCUAGAACACCUGGUCACAGUCGACAGAACAGUCACACUUCACUGAAGGAUAUCAUGGAGUUGAAGGAGAGACGACACAGUGAACCCAAUAAAACAGGCUCAUUAACAGUAAAUGAUAAGAAAGAAACAAGUGGAAGACAGCGCCAUACUAGUGGUGUUUCAACAGAGGACGAGGAUGAGAUUGCUGAGAAAGUUACUUUGAUAGAGGCCAGAAUGGUUGUGGAAAUCAAUGAUGGAUCAUUCUCCUGGGAUCUUUCAACCCAAGAACCAGCCCUAAAUGAUAUCAAUGUCAAAAUUCCUACAGGAAAGCUGACAAUAAUAGUUGGAUCGGUGGGUUCAGGAAAGACUUCAUUACUCUGUGCAAUGUUGGGAGAGAUGUUAACAAUUAAAGGAGAAGUUAAUUGGCACAAAGGAUCAAAACUAGCCUAUGCAGCACAGAAAGCAUGGUUACUUCAUGAUACUCUCAGGGAUAAUGUGUUGUUUGGUCUACCCUACACAUGGAGAAGAUAUAAAAGUGUAAUUCACUCGUGUGCUUUGCAGGCAGAUUUAGAUAUGUUGCCUUCUGGUGAUUCUACAGAAAUUGGAGAAAAGGGUAUAAAUCUUAGUGGAGGCCAGAAACAAAGAAUAAGUAUUGCUAGAGCCUUAUACUCAAAAGCUGAUACAGUUUUAUUGGAUGAUCCAUUUUCUGCAUUGGAUGCUCAUGUAGGGAAACAUGUGUUCGAGGAAGCCAUUUUGAAUCGUAUGUUGAAGAAGAAGAGGACAGUAAUUCUUGUCACACAUCAACUACAAUACCUCAGUUAUGCUAGUCAUGUAAUUGUAAUGAAAGAAGGUGGCAUACAAUAUCAGGGUAAACUACAUGAUGUUAAAAAGGUCAAUCCAGAAUUGUACGAGUCUUGGAGGAACGCUCUCAGGGAAGCAUCAACCAUUGAACCUAGAGAGAGUGAGCGACCAUCAGAGAGUUCUACAGAAAUGAGAGUGGGGAGUCCUCACUUGGAGCGUAGAAAACAUAGCUAUCCAAGUAUUACUGAACUUCAACAUCAAUCUUCAGUUAACGAGUCUCAAUCCAAGUCGUUCAGUUCCAAUACAUUAGGUCGUCAGCUAUCACAGUUUUCUUACAAUGAAGAAGAAGAGGAACCAGUUAUAGAAUUUAAGGAACAAGACAUUGAAGAAAAUGACCAGGAAUCUGAAGCUUCACCAUUGAAGAACAAUACUGCUGAAAAAGACGGGACAUUAAUAAAGAAAGAGCACCAAGAGAAAGGAGCAGUGAAGGCCAUUGUAUACUUACAUUAUGUCAAAGCCUGCGGUACUGGUUGUGUUUUACUGGUACUGUCCUUACUGGUAUCCUAUUAUGCUUUGUUAGUCGGUAGUAAUUUCUGGCUGUCAGUGUGGAGUGAAGAUUCUACAGAGUUUAAUACACAACUAAAAGCAUUCCAGCAGCUAGGAAAUAGCACCAAUAUGACUGCACCUGUAUUUAACAACACUUAUUACACCAAUAUCUAUGUGGCAUUAUCUAUUAGUGGGAUCAUGGCAGCUUUAUUGGCUGGCCUUGUGCUCUAUGUUGUUGGGAUUAGGGCAUCUAAAAAUCUACACAAAUUGAUGUUAGAUACAAUUCUGCAUGUGCCUGGGAGAUUCUUUGACACAAAUCCAAGUGGAAGAAUUAUCAACAGAUUUUCUAAUGAUAUGGGACAAGUAGAUCAGAAACUACCCAAUAUUUUGGAUAACUUCCUAGGCUGUUUAUUUACCACACUAUGUGCUGUGAUUGUUAAUACUAUAACCACACCAUAUUUUAUAUUAGCUGCUAUACCACUGUUUAUAUUGUAUUAUCUCAUACAAUUGUUCUUCAGAGCUUCCGCUAGAGAGUUACAAAGAUUAGAUAAUACUACAAAAUCACCAAUCUUUUCACAUUUCUCAGAAACGUUAAAUGGACUACAGACUAUUAGAGCAUACAGGUCAGAGAAAAGAUUUUUUUCCAAGGUGAUGAAUUUAAUAAAUAAAAACAACACACCAUUUUUGUAUUUGCAUACAGCUAAUAGAUGGUUAGGAGUUAAUUUGGAUUAUUUAGGGUCAAUCCAAGUUUUGUUUGCUGCCGUGGUAACGCUAGCCAGCUGUCUAGGAGGAAAUACAUCACCGGCAUUUGUUGGUUUAGGAAUAACAUAUGCUCUACAGGUAUCAUUUUAUUUAAAUUGGAUUGUAAGGAUGUCAACGGAAACAGAAAUGUUAAUGAAUUCCGUGGAGAGAGUUCAUGAAUAUACCAAAUUAGAAAGAGAACCUGACAAACACCCAGACGGAAACCUGAUUGUUGAUGAAUCAUGGCCAGAGAAAGGGGAGAUAACUUUUGAUAAAGUCAGUCUAAGAUAUGAUUCCCACUUAGAUCCAGUAGUUACAGAGGCAUCAUUUACUAUAAAUGCCGGAGAAAAGGUUGGUUUAUGCGGAAGAACAGGAAGUGGAAAAUCAUCUGUUACGUUGAGUUUGUUCCGCAUGAUUGAUAUAUGUGGUGGAAGUAUAAUCAUAGAUGGGAAAGAUAUAGCAAGAGUACCUUUAGAAAAAUUGAGAUCCCAGUUAGCAAUUAUUCCUCAGGAUCCAGUAUUGUUUGCUGGCUCUGUAAGGUACAAUUUAGACCCUACAGAUACUUUAGAUGAUGAAAAGUUGUGGUCAGCAUUGGAAACAGUACAAAUGAAAGAGGUCAUUACAGCCCUGCCAGACCAAUUAAAUUCAGAUGUAACAGAAGGAGGAGAAAACUUUAGUGUUGGACAGAAACAGUUAUUCUGUUUAGCCCGAGCCUUUUUAAGGAAUAAUAAGAUACUAGUAUUAGAUGAAGCCACAGCCUCCAUAGACUUAGCCACAGAUAAUAAACUCCAACAAGUUAUCUUCUCAGCCUUUAAAAACAAAACUGUCAUCACUAUAGCACAUCGUAUUUCCACAAUUAUGAAUUAUGACAGAGUUAUUGUCCUUGACAAAGGCAAAGUUAUGGAAUAUGAGUCGCCAAAGAACUUAAUGAAAGAUAAAGACAGCAUGUUUAGUGCACUGGUCAAAAGUGUCAAGAAUAGAUAAUUUAAAAUCAAAUCUAAUCCAAAAAUAGGAUGAUACUGGCAGCAAUAAAAAAUUUAUACAGUUUUACAAUGUUUGAAAUAAAAAUUAGGUCCAAGUUAUUCCAUUUAUAUGAAUGUAACAGGAAGGCUUACAUGAAUUUAAAAAGCCUAAAUUGUAUCUAGUUGUGAUGAAGCUUGUCACACAAAACUGUUUUCUUAUAAUAAGCCUUGAAAAAUAUAAACCUUUUAUCAUUAAUCAAGCACCUUAUAUUUAGAUUUUAUGUACCUUUCAUCACAAAUAUAAAAUGACUGUGCUUCUCAGUGGCAGUCAAUUUCUGUUCCAGAAUUAUUGUUCACAAUCAUAUAUUCAUCGACAGUCUUUUACAAUUAUUUCUUGGUUUGUCAGUAACUAUGAUGUACACAAUGUUAACAUGAGAUCUGCUUUUUCUAAUUGUCACAGACUUCUAUGUGAAAUCACUGUGUAAAAUAGUCUUGUAACCAGGUUUAACCCACAAUUUUUCAAAGAAAAUGCCUGUACCAAGUAAGGAAUAUGACAACUGUUUUACAUUUGUUCCCUUUGUUGAUAUAUACUAAUUAGAUAUAAGAAGAUGUGGUAUGAGUGCCAAUGAGACAACUCUCCAUCCAAGUCAAAAUUUAUAAAAGUAAACCAUUAUAGGUCAAAGUACGGUCUUCAACACGGAGCCUUGGCUCACACCUAACAGCAAGCUAUAAAGGGCCCCAAAAAUUACUAGUGUAAAACCAUUCAAACGGGAAAAACCAACGGUCUAAUCUAUAUAAAAAACGAGAAACACGUAUGAAGCACAUCAACAAACGACAACUACUGAACAUCAGAUUCCUGACUUAGGACGGGUUUGAUUUUGUCAGUUUUUAUGGACUUCCCCCUUUUUGAAUUUAGCUUGGAGUUUUGUAUUUUUGUUAUACUUUUCUUGACAGUCCAGGUAAACGCUUAAAAAGACCGUCAGUAUUUUUUAUGGAUAAUGAUAAUCCAAGUUAGAUGUUUGUCAAAACUAUUGGUAAUAGUUUUUGCAGUAAACAAUUAUUCUAGAACAGAACAUUACUGCUAUUAGGAAGGAUAGUUGUAUUUAGGUUUUUUUAUGAUGUGUUUAGAAAGCUGAUUUAAAGUAAGCACUAAUUAUGUUAGUGCAAAAAGUAAUUCCCAGGGAAAAUAAUUAUGAAGAAAUGUGUUCAAAAGAAAAUAGCAUUCAGACAUUCUUGUACAAAAUAUUAACAAUAUUUAAAUUAAUAAAAUCGGUGCUUGGAUGUUUGUGAAGGACAUUUGUAUUAUAGCCAUGUAUGGAUAAUACUGUUAAUUUAUAAGUUAAUUACCUAGAAAAUGAUUAAUUGAUUACAAACCAAUUAUGUGAUUACAGUAUACACUUUCAGUUGAAGGCUAGCUUAGUUGAUGAAUAUUUAUUAUAGGAAUAAUAUUUUACACUGUAUUUGUUUACUAAAUAUUUCCUUUAGCUUCAGAAUAUGAGGGUCUGGAUUAGGGGGUCAUUCAUUCUAUUGUAACAUGACAUUAGUUUUUUUUUUACUGAAAAACAUGACAAUUUGAUGCAGAGGUAUUAAAUAAUUUAUAAAGAAAGACAUUUUAUUAUUCAUCUGUGAACAUUGUUGUUAAUCCAUAAUUUUAAAAUAUUUGAUAAAAUAAAUAAAAGGAUCAUCUAUAUUGAGGUAAAUAGUAAGAAAAGAAAGUCAUGAUUAUCUUCUUAAUACAUUUGUACAUUUUUGAUUAUUACGUCUGACAUAAUUUGACUAAAAUAAAACCACACUGAAUUUUAUAAGUAACAGAUUUAAUGGUAAACAGUUAAUAACUUGAUUUAAAAGAUAACACAUGUUGGUUUUUUGUUUGUCCCAAAGAACAUUUGGAACAAACAGAUGUUCAAAUAACUGACAAAGAUAACAGACUUUCUAACUCAUUGAAGAUACCAGGCUUAUAUUUAGGUACUCCAGGCAUGUGUUUCAUCAAUUUUAGAUUCAAUGGCACUCAAAUCAAAACAAUUUGAAAGCCAACCAUAAAAUACGAAGUUGAAUAGCAUAAAAACAGAAAAUUCCGUGCUGAUGCACAACAGUCCACCAAAAUUGCUUCAGUGCAACAGUCAUCUAACAGAAGAGUUAAAGAUUAAUUAAACAUUGUAAAUAUUAUAUAAAAACGAUAUUUAAGGGAUUAUUGAAAUCAGAAAGCAACUGAAUGAAAUAAUAACAAAAAAGACUCACUUUUUUAAUGUUCAACUGUGCAAAAUAAUAAAGAGGUAUUAAAGUUUUACCUGUUAGGUUGUGAUAAAAGUAAUGUUUAACAUUCUGUACUUAUAAUUCUAGUGCUGUGUAAUAAUGUCUGAAAGACUAAAGUUUUGUAAUGUACAGUCUUAAAUAUAUUUUAUAUUUAAAUAUUUUGUAGAACAGAAACGAAAUUUAAAUUAAGGACACAUUGGUGAGCAUUACUAAACAUAUCAUUUUUUCUAAAAAAAAUUAUGACUGUUUUUUUUCCAUUCCCCCUAAAAUUUGCGUUUACACUGGGAAUGUUCUAAUUUGUUAUUAAGAAUUUUUUUGAAUUUCAAUUUUUUAUGAAUAAUUAUCAUGUGAAUCAUCUCAUUUUCAACUAAACAAACUUUAAUCAGUCAAAUGCCUGAGAUACAUAUUUGUUGUGCAAGCAGCAGCAAUCAUUUUUGCCUACACACACAGCUUUAGUCAAUCAAAUUGAUCUGUUUUUCAGUUUGCAGCACAGUAGGCAAGAUGUGUUUAUCACUGUUUACAAUUUAGAAGGUUAUUAACCCUGUUGACAUAGUUUUUUGUUAAAAUAUCUAUUUAUUGGCUUUUUUUUAUUUCUGACAUUGUUACUGAUUAUAGUAUUUUGUUUAUUUUUAAGUAUGAUUUUGUAGUUUUACACAUGCACAUAAAAUUUACACAGACAUUUUAACAGUGUAGCAUAUUAGUUUUUUUUUUAUGAUUUAUUUGUAGCAGACAUCUAUGUGUUGAUUAUUUUUUUCUGUUAUUUGCAUUUUAAAUAUUUUUGACAUUUUGUGUACAGAUUUUUCUAUUUUACAUAGUUUCCUCCUGUUUAAAAUGACAGGAAAAUAUAAUGAUUAAAUAUGUAAAUGAU